AUGUCACGUCCAGCAGUGUCAUCCGCCGCUCGCCAGAUGCUCUGGGCUCGUCGCGCCGUCCCUGCCACCCCUCAUGUCUCAUGCUCGAGUCCAACAUUGAACUUCGCAUCGUUUUGUCAUGCUUCAUACCGAACAUUGGCCAUUUCGACAUCUCCUGCGCCAGCGCGGAAUAUUCGACCUAGGAUAUCGAAGCAAUUCCUGAGCCGAACACAACCUCGCUCAGCGUUCUCCUCAACGACUGCCACAUCCGCGGCUCAAGUUACGCAGAAUCCAAGGACCGAUGACGAUGGAAACACAUUAAUGGUGGAAAUCUCAGAGCGAGCUGCAAAUCGCCUCCGUCAAAUAACAGACCCAUCUUCGUCGCCCUCCGCCACAAAGGAUGAAAACCCCUACCAUCACCUUCGCAUCACCGUCACCAGCGGCGGUUGUCACGGCUUCCAGUACCUGAUGUCACUCGAGCCGGCAUCCAAAAUCGAUCCUGAAGAGGACACGAUAUUUGAAGCAGAGCCGCCGGAGCAGGGUUCGGAUGUGGCGGGCAAUGGCACUGCGAAGAUCGUCAUGGAUGAGCCCUCGUUGGAACUUUUGUCUGGGAGUACAGUUGACUAUACGACUGAGCUGAUCGGGAGCCAGUUCAAGAUAGUGGAUAACCCACGCGCGACGAGCAGUUGUGGGUGUGGGACCAGCUUUGAUGUUGUUGAUUAG